AUGAAUGAAGAUCUGAAGGUUAAUUUGAGCUGGCUGCCCCAGGAUCAUGUAGAAGCCAGCUCUACCGAGAAUGCCUCAGCUGCAGGCUCCUCCCUGGUUCCUGUCGUAGACCCAGAGCCAGAGCUUUUGGUAAACCCCUGGGACAUUGUCUUGUGUACUUCAGGGACCCUUAUCUCCUGCGAAAAUGCCAUUGUGGUUCUUAUCAUUUUCCAUAAUCCCAGUCUUCGCGCCCCCAUGUUCCUCCUGAUAGGCAGCCUGGCGCUGGCAGAUCUCUUAGCGGGCAUUGGAUUGAUCAUCAAUUUUGUUUUUGCAUACCUUCUGCAAUCGGAAGCUACGAAACUGGUUACGAUUGGACUGAUUGUUGCCUCUUUCUCAGCAUCUGUCGGCAGCUUGCUAGCUAUUACUGUUGAUCGUUACCUCUCCCUGUAUUACGCUUUGACUUACAAUUCAGAGAGGACUGUCACUUUUACCUAUGUCAUGCUUAUAUUGCUCUGGGGAGCAUCUAUCUGUAUUGGACUGCUGCCUGUAAUGGGCUGGAACUGCCUCAGAGAUGAAUCCACCUGCAGUGUUAUCAGACCACUCACUAAAAAUAAUGCAGCUGUCCUUUCGGUCUCUUUCUUGCUUAUGUUUGCCCUCAUGCUGCAGCUCUACAUUCAAAUCUGUAAAAUCGUGAUGCGCCAUGCCCAUCAGAUUGCCUUGCAACACCAUUUCCUGGCCACUUCCCACUAUGUGACCACCCGAAAAGGAGUGUCUACUUUGGCCAUUAUUUUGGGGACUUUUGCUGCUUGCUGGAUGCCUUUUACGCUCUAUUCUUUAAUAGCAGAUUACACUUACCCUUCUAUAUACACCUAUGCCACCCUCCUGCCAGCUACCUACAAUUCCAUCAUCAAUCCUGUAAUAUAUGCUUUUAGAAACCAGGAGAUACAGAAAGCACUUUGGCUCAUCUGUUGUGGCUGUAUUCCAUCUAACCUGUCUCAGAGAGCAAGAUCACCCAGUGAUGUCUGA